UUUAACUAUACAGAUAGAUAUAUACUUUAUAUAUCUUUAUAUAUAAAUAUAGUUAUUGUCUCUACUAUACUGUGUUGUACUGUACUUAAUAUCUAUAUUAAAUUAUAAGUUAUACCCUAUAUUUUCGACCUGUAAUCGAAAGCUUUCUACCCCUUUGUGUUUUAUAAAUUUAUUUCUCGAUUCUCUCUCUCUUUUUAAACCAGUACUACUACCAACACAAUGAGCAUGGCCCUUAGCAGUCCUGCACCCGCCGAAGAGCAACCAAAAAUACUGGAUGAGGUUUUGAGUGUUGUCAAGAUUCAGGCUCAUCUGAUGAACAAGUGUCUUGAUAACGAUAAGCUUAUGGACGCUUUAAAGCACUGUUCAAAUAUGUUGGCCGAGUUGCGUACCUCUGCCCUAACCCCAAAAACCUAUUAUGAACUUUAUAUGGCAAUCUUUGAUGCCCUGAGACACUUGACGGUCUAUUUGAUGGAGGCUCAUCAUGCAGGUCGCCACCAUUUGGCGGACUUGUACGAAUUAGUCCAAUACGCUGGUAAUAUCGUACCACGUCUUUACCUGAUGAUUACCGUGGGUGCAGCAUAUAUGGGUAUGCCAGAUGCUCCUGUUCGAGAAAUCAUGAGAGAUAUGAUGGAGAUGACAAGAGGCGUCCAACACCCCACACGCGGUCUCUUUCUUAGACACUACCUUAGUGGAAUGACUCGUGACUAUCUCCCGGUUGGUGAGAGCUCAGGUCCAGAGGGAAAUGUCCAUGAAUCAAUUCAUUUUAACCUCACAAAUUUCACUGAGAUGAACAAAUUAUGGGUCCGUUUACAGCACCAAGGACACUCGAGAGAUAGAGAAAAGAGAGAAGCUGAGCGCAAAGAACUUCGUAUCUUGGUUGGUACAAAUCUUGUUCGCCUCAGUCAGUUGGAUGGUGUGGAUCUUCGUGUUUAUCAAUCGUUGAUCUUGCCUGGUAUUUUGGAUCAAGUAGUGAGCUGCCGGGAUAUCAUUGCCCAAGAAUACUUAAUGGAAGUAAUAAUUCAGGUAUUCCCGGAUGAGUUUCAUCUUCAGACUCUGCAGCCUUUCCUUGCUGGUACUGCUCAAUUGCACCCCAAGGUUAAUGUCAAACAAAUAAUCAUUGCUUUGAUCGAUCGUUUGGCUGCAUAUGCUGCUCGUGAGGCCGAGAUUGAACCCGAGGUCGAUGAACAGAUUUCGGUCACAAAAGAUGAGCCAGCAAAAGAAAAUAAAUCUGCUGAAGAAGGAGAAGAAAAGUCUAAAGAAACUGGAGCAGAUGAAAAUGCAAAGGAGGAGAAAUCAAAGGAAUCUGCAGAACUCUUGACAGAUGAGUUGCCAGAUGCCACACCAGAAGAGCCAGAGAAGUCUGAAACAUCAGAGCAGGCACAACAGACAGAGCAAGUACAACAGGUCAAACAGAUUCGUGGUAUUCCUGAAAAUGUCGAGCUCUUUAUCGUAUUCUGGAACCAGAUAGUUGAACUUGUAAAGGCACGCCCUAAUCUUUCAAUCCAAGAUCUCACUGCCCUUCUCGUGUCCUUACUCAACCUCUCGUUGUCCUGCUACCCCAAGAAGAUUGACUAUGUCGAUCAAAUCUUGGCUUAUGCCAAAGAUAAAGUGCACGAGUACACCGACUCUCCAGACUUUCACUCCAAGCAGACCGAGGGCCACUUACUUGCACUCUUGCUGGCACCCAUCAAGCACCACACUUCAGUCUUGAUCUUGCUGGCUCUUGACAACUACCAGCCCCUUUUGGCCCUACAGCCUUUCACGACCAGACGGAAUGUGGCGGUCUCGGUAGUUCUGAGUAUUCUGAAGGACGAGACGAUCAUCAGCAGUCCGGCCGAGGUGCACGGAAUCCUGGACCUUUGCGAUGUCAUAUUGCGCGAACAGAAAGAUGCUCCGAUGGCUUCUGCUACUCCAACUCCCAUGUAUGGAAAUUCUAUGGAUCGCAAGACGGCUUUUACCAGUUUAGAAGACGAGGAAUUGGCAGAAGAACAAGGCUGGAUUGCUAAGUUGGUCCAUCUGUUCCGAUCAGAUAAUGAGGAUACUCAGUUUUUGCUUUUGUCGGCAGCAAGAAAGCAACUGGGCGAAGGCGGUGAUCGUAUUCGAUACACUUUCCCAUCCCUUAUUAUCUCAGCUGUCAAGUUGGCACGUAGAUACAAGACCCAUGAAGUUAAGGAUGAAAUUUGGGAGAAAAAGACUUCAGCAUUAUUCCGUUUCAUUCACCAAGUCAUCUCGGUUCUUCACAACAAAUGCGAAUGUACAGACAUGUGUCUUCGCCUGUUCUUGAUAGCAGGACAAAGUGCAGAUGAGGGAGGCUUUGAAGAAAUCGCAUAUGAGUUCUUUGUAGAGGCCUUCACAAUUUAUGAGGAGUCUAUCUCCGAAUCAAGGGCCCAAUUCCAGGCCAUUACAUGCAUUAUUGGUGCUCUGCAACAAACACGCGUCUUUUCGGCCGAUAGUUACGAUACCCUGAUUACCAAGGCUGCGAUUCACAGUGCCAAGCUGCUAAAGAAACCUGACCAAUGCCGGGCUGUCUAUAUGUCCUCUCACUUGUGGUGGACGACCGAGAGACCCGGAGAGGUUUUGACACCCGAAAAAGAGGAAGAACUAUACCGCAAUGGCAAGCGUUCGGUCGAGUGCCUGCAAAAGGCGCUUCGAAUCGCAGACAGUUGCAUGCACUCUGGUACAAAUGUGGAACUAUUUGUUGAGAUACUGAACCGCUAUGUGUACUACUUUGAAAAAGGAAAUGAAGCUGUCACAGCAAAAUACCUUAAUGGUCUCAUUGACCUGAUUAAAAGCAACUUAAAAUCUGUCGAUAAUCCUGAUCAGCACCCCUUGCCUUCAAGUUCUUCGAGACUAUUGGACCAAACCGGGCCAUUGUCGGAGUACGUGCGUCGCCACUUUGUUGCUACCUUGGCUCAUUUGCAAAAGCUCAAGGCCAAUUCGGGUGAAGAAUGGCAGGAGCUUGUUUGUGAUGAUGAUGAUAUAUAAAAAUAACAAGAACAAGCUUAAAAAAGAAAUUAAAGUAAAGUAAAGUAUAAAACACAAUAAAAAGCACGCAAGCAACGCAACCCAACGCAGGGCAAUACUUUUUUUUUACAU